AGCAGCGUUGCAGUUUCUUAGUCACGUGGUCUGUCGUCACAUGAGGAAGUAAACAAAGAACCGAAGGUUACUGAUUAGUUUAUUUCAUCUGCGUCAGAAUGUCGAUUUCUAACCCGAGACAAGUGUUUUCCAGCCCGUCGAUCCCUUUUGCCGGGACCAUCCUGGGCGGUUUGCUGCCGGGGGAGAUGGUGCUGAUGCAGGGUUCAGUACCAACUGGUGCAGAAAGGUUCCAGAUAGAUUUCACCUGCGGCAGCAGCGUGAAGCCGAGGGCCGACGUCGCCUUUCACUUCAACCCCAGACUGAAAAAGUCGCGCGUCGUCUGUAACACGCUGGAGAAGGAACGCUGGGGGAGGGAGGAGAUCCUGUACAAGAUGCCUUUGAAAGUCGGAGCUGCAUUUGAACUCAUCAUCCUGGUCCUGGAGGACAUGUACAAGGUCGCUGUGAACGGAGCCCAUCUGCUGGAGUACAAACACCGCGUGGACCUGGACCAGGUCGACACCAUCUGCAUCUCAGGGGACGUCAGCGUUCAGGCCGUGGCCAUCAUCCCCGCUGAUUCUGCUCCCAUCUCUCCUUCUGCCAGUAAUACCAGUCUGACCAGCUCUGCAUCAGAGGCGAUAGUCUCCUCCUCUGGUGAUCUGAAAGUUCCCUUCAGAGGCCGGCUGGACAAAGGGCUGAAGGCGGGACGCAGCAUCGUCAUCAAAGGACAGACCAAUCAGAAUGCUCACAGUUUCUGUGUUAAUCUGCGAGAUGUGAGCGGCAGCAACAUCGUCCUUCAUCUGAACCCCCGCGUGAAGAAAGGAGUCUUCGUCAGAAACUCGUUCCUAUCCGAGUGUUGGGGCCCCGAGGAAACGAACCUGGGCUCCUUCCCCUUCGCAGCGGGGGAGUACUUCGAGAUGAUCGUUCUCUGCAACCAGCAGCACUUUAAGGUGGCCGUUAACGGACUCCACCAGUUCGACUAUAAACACCGAGUCCAGGACCUGAGCUCCAUCGGCCACCUGGAGAUCCAGGGAGACGUGUCUCUGCUGGACGUCAGGACGCUCUGAGAUCCACUAAAACGUUUAACCGCCUGAUUAUGAAGACUUCCUCUCUGGUAUUAACAUUAAUAUUUCUGAACUAUUCAGGGUUUAGUUGUUUACAGCCUGUAGGGGAGCUGCUCCCCCUGCUGGUUCGAAGCGUCACUGACCCUCAAAGAAGUUUGUUUUUUAUGCUCUGGGAAUGUGAAGAAGAAAAGUUGGUUGAUUGUGACUGAUUUUGUUUUUACAAUGAUAUAAAAUAAUCCUAUAAACUGA